GUUACCUCCAAACCUACCAUGGAUGGGCCCACUAGCAAUGGAGAACACCGAAGCAGCAAUGCGGAAGCGAAAAAACUCCUGCGAGAAGAUAAGCAGCGUGAGGCAAAGAUUGAAGAACAACUGUCCAAAGCACUGAGCGGUAUGACGCUGGAAGAAAAGUAUGCAGCCGUUCACAAGCGAUUGGUCGAUUCGGAGAAGGAAAACCGUCGCCUGGUGGCACUGCACAAGCAGUACGACCGUACGCUGGAAGCUUCCAAGCGUGAGAAGGAAAAUCUUAUCCUCGAGCACGAUAAAAUGGCCAUGACGAAGACAAAGCUGGAAGGGCUGUGCCGGGAGCUGCAGCGUCAAAACAAAACGAUCAAGGACGAAAGUUUGGCCCAGAUUCAUCAGGAGGAGGAAAAGCGAAAGCAAACGCAGGAAAAGUUCCAACAAUCGCUCAAUGAAAUACAGGUGGUGAUGAACGAGAAUAAUGACAAGAACAUGAAGCUGAAGGAGGAUAAUAUGGAGAUGGCUAAAAAGUUUAAGUUCAUUCUUGAACAGUACGAAUUGCGGGACCAGCAGAUGGAUAAGAUGAACAAACAGAUGGAGCUGGUCACACAGUUGAAUGAUGCAAAGCUGGCUAAACUUCAAAUGCAAGCCAACAGCGAAAAAGAACAAUUUCUCGCGGAGAAGCUUGUGCUAAUGACUGAGCUGCAGAAGGUGAAAAAGCAGUUGGCCGAUCUGCAAACGGUUGAGACGCAUUUACGUGGCCAGGUUACCAUGUACUCGGACAAGUACGGCGAGUUCCAGGACUCGCUCAAGAAAAGCAGAAGCAUUUACGAAGGCUAUCAGGAGGACAUGAAAAAGAUGUCGAAAAAGAUGAAAACUCUCGAGAAGGAAACGAUGGCAUGGAAGUCCCGAUGGGAAACGAGCAAUGCCACCGUGCAGAAGAUGCUGGACGAUCAGAUUGAGCGCGAAAAGCAGCUUACCAAAACGACACGACAGUUGUCUAAUCUGCAGAAACUUUGCCGCACUUUACAGGCCGAACGGGCCACCUAUCUGGCUGCGCUCAAAGAAGGCAACAUACCCAUCCCAUCGUCCGAUGGGGUGGAACAGGUAGAGCAGGUGGAUAAAUCAACAACCGACAAGGAAGUGUCUGUCACGGUUCAGGAGCAGCAAUCCAAUGACAAUCAACUGAAUGGUCACACGACUGAUGAUGCUGCCGAAGCAACCGUAACGGAGGACCAAGCACCGGCGGUGUCGACGUAG